AUGUCUAGCGAUCUGGAUACUAUCCUUCGUGACCUUGAGAAACAAGUUCACGACUUCUCGCUGACGAUGGAUCCUCCUAUUCCAAUCAAUACACACAUUAGACGUUCACCCAGUUCUCGUCUGACCAAUCCUGACAAAGGCAGUAAUCCGAAUCGUCCCCUGCAGUCUGCCCACACCAUGCAUGUACCCCCUAUUACCCAGGCCAGGUUAAACCGCCCAGACUUCUCUCCGUCUCUUUCUGAAGACGAAGAUAAGGGGCAAUUUUAUUCCACAAACGACGCAAACGAUUCUAGUGAUGAUGAUGUCUGCAUCGCUAAUCUUCAAUCCGUAACACGUGCUCAGGACGACAAGUCCAAGGGCAUGACCAGAUCUAGAUCAACUAGAGCUAAUCGAGGGGGCAUGGCAGGAGGGCUUGUACGCAGUGCAAGUGCCAGCUCACGAACAUACAAACCACCGGCCCCCGAAGAAUCUGCUCCACCUCUUCCUAUAAGAGACACUGAUGAAGACCUCAAUCUUGUCAUACAACGUGCUUGGGCAUUAUAUGAACAGGGUCCUUAUGAUGAACCAGUUGCAGUAGAAUCAGCACCGUCUGUACUACCCGAAACAUACUUGAGAAAGAAAGGGCUCAUUGACAUGAGUGAAGGAUGGGCACUCUUUGAGAUUGCCAAUAGCCAUGGUGUUGAACGCCCGUUGAGAGAGUGGGAGUUAGUAUUGGAGGUUGUGGAAUGCUGGGGGCCAGACGCCAACAACGCCCUGUUGGUAAAGAAGUAUGCAUAUCACAACUCCCUGACAGCAGAGGGGAAAUGGCAAAAGAGAUUCUGCUAUAUCAAAGACAAUGCAAUUCACCAUGCCAAAGACACCAAGGGGAAUGGAUCAGCCAUUCUGUGCUACUUGGCGACGUUUGAUGUGUACACUCUACUCCCCCAACAGUCGCGUAGUGCACCAUCAGGUUAUGUAUUUGCGCUGCGGGCCCAAGACAAGGACUCGAUCUUUGAGCGAGAAGAAGAUUACAUGCGGUUACUGGCAGUUGAGGAUCAGGAAGCCAUGAAGGACUGGGUUCUUAGCAUUCGCUGCACAAAGAGUUUGAUUGAUCACCAGUACCAUCCUCAGCGUGUCAUCAACCCCCUUGCACCAAUCCAAGCACCUGUGCAAGCUUCGUACGAUCAUCAGUGGUCCGCCACAGACAAUUCAGUCAAGCCUGCCGAUCCAGUCGAUGCAGGUUCACCACGUCUCCGAAGAGCCCUGACUUCUCGCACGCCUGAUUGCAAGAGUGAUCAGAGCGGAGAUGAGGGCUAUGGCACCACGUCUUUUCUCCGUCGUCAAAAGUCAACACGCGAUGUAAAGCCUGCAACCCUGGUUGACGAACAUACAAAACAUCAGCAAACUUCUUCAUCUGGUCUUCAUCGCAGUGAGUCCAGUCGCCGGAUUGACGAGAAACGCGGCAGGGGUCUUAGCCGAGGUCUAUCUCGCAGCACAACCAUGAGGGGUAGAGAAGAAGGAGGUCUUGGAUCCGCGAUACCGGACAGUCCGCUCAUUGAUUACACAGAGCCUUCUACUUUUGCAAAGGGCUCUCUCCUCGGAAAGGAUGGUGAAGAGCAUACGACUGGCAGACUCCAAGAUGACGCACAUGCCGCUAGUGUCGCUGCUGCCAACAAUACCUUAAUUCAAAUCAACGACAAGGUCAAAUUCUCCAAAGGAUCACUACUCGAACGUAACGAGUCAACCCAUGCAAAAAUUGGGCGUUCGAAAAGCACACGCGAACAUCAUGCCCCUCCUUCCUCUUCCUCUGUUUCUUCUGCUGCCGCUGCUGCUUCUUCUUCUGUCGCCACGGCUUCUGCUUCUGCUUCUUCUGCUGCCGAUACCCAACCCACAAACGAACUGCGUCAACACAUGUCCCUUCGUCGUAAACUUACCUCCUCUAAGGAUAGAGAACGGUCCCGACAUCACGAGAACCUUGCUCCUACAAUGCCCUCUUCUUCACCUUCUUCCUCAAAUGUGUCAGCCACAGCUUCUCCUGUAUUGGGUGCAACUGUCUCUGGAGGUAUUGCACCAUCUGCCACUUCACAUGGACCUCUUCUUCAACUGGAUGGUACACCAGAGCAGAUACACACCAAGAAGUUGCUGGGUAGACAGAUGAAACCCCUCCUGAAUUUUGCUGACUCUGAUGAUAAGGGUCGCCGAUAAGCAAAACAAAAACAACACAUCAAUGCUUUCCUCUGUGUCUUUUUUUUUAUAACAAACUUUCUAGAUUGUCUUUUGUGGUUUUUACCAUUUUGUUUUGAAAAAUAAAUAUUUAAAUAAAAUAUAGGGUUAAAAAUUUUUU